AUGAGGCCUGAGAACCAGAGCAGCGUGUCUGAGUUCCUCCUCCUGGGGCUCCCCAUCCUGCCAGAGCAGCAGGGCAUGUUCUUCACCCUGUUCAUGGGCAUAUACCUGACCACGGUGCUGGGGAACCUGCUCAUCAUCCUGCUCAUCAGGCUGGACUCUCACCUCCAAACUCCCAUGUACUUUUUCCUCAGCCAUUUGGCUCUCACUGAUGUCUCCUUUUCAUCUGUCACUGUCCCCAAGAUGCUGGUGAACAUGCAGACUCAUUGCCAAUCUAUCACUCACACAGGGUGCAUUUUGCAGGUGUAUUUCUUUAUAAUAUUUGGUUGCCUUGAUAGCUUUCUUCUUGCAGUGAUGGCAUAUGACAGGUACGUGGCCAUCUGUCACUCUCUCCACUACAACAGCAUCAUGAGGGUAGAGCUAUGUGUUUUGUUGGUGAUUGGGUCCUGGGUCCUGUCCUGUGCCAUUGCCCUGUCUCAUACACUCUUACUAAAAAGCAGUAUGAGGCCUGAGAAUCAGAGCAGCAUGUCAGAGUUCAUCCUUCUGGGGCUGUCCAUCCAACAGGAGCAGCAGGGCAUAUUCUUCGCCCUGUUCCUGGUCAUGUACCUGACCAUGAUGCUGGGGAACCUGCUCAUCAUCCUGCUCAUCAGGCUGGAUUCUCACCUCCACACCCCCAUGUACUUCUUCCUCAGCCACUUGGCCUUCUCUGACAUUUCCCUUUCAUCUGUCACGAUUCCAAAGAUGCUCGUGAGCAUGCAGACUCAGCAACAAUCUAUCCUCUAUGUGCAGUGCAUUUCUCAGAUGUGUUUUUUCUUAGUUUUUGGUUGUCUAGACAAUUUCCUUCUUGCAGUGAUGGCAUAUGACAGGUAUGUAGCCAUCUGUCAGCCACUCCACUACACAACUGUUAUGAGGCAGGAGCUGUGUGUCUCAUUAGUAGCUGGGUCUUGGUUCCUCAGUUGUGCACAUGCCCUGUUGCACACCCUCCUCUUGGUCCAACUGUCCUUCUGUGCUGACAAUACCAUCCCCCACUUCUACUGUGACCUCACUGUACUCCUGAAGAUGAGCUGCUCAGACAUCUCCCUCAAUGAGCUGGUCAUCUUCACUGAGGGAGGAAUGCUAUUAUUCUUGCCAUUGAGUAGCAUCUUGGUGUCAUAUAUCUGGAUUGUGGCCACUGUCCUGAGGGUCCCCUCCACCAAGAGAUUCUUUAAAGCCUUUUCUACCUGUGGCUCCCAUCUCUUUGUGGUAUUUUUAUACUAUGGGACAGUUGCAGGUGUUUACUUUUUCUCCUCAUCAGGGGGCCCCAAUGAGAAAGACAUAAUUGCUUCGGCUAUGUAUACAGCAGUUACCCCCAUGCUGAACCCCUUCAUCUAUAGCCUGAGGAACAGAGAUAUAAAACAGGCCCUAAAAAUAUUCGUUGAUAGGCUAACUUCUUGA